AUGGUGCCCAAGGCAACAUCAGGCGACUAUCGAGCCCUCAUCAGCGCAACCAUUCCUGAUCGGUACCCCGUGCCUCAUCUUCAGGACUUUGCUGGAGCCCUUUUCGGCAAAGCGGUUUUCUCGAAGAUUGAUCUGGUGCGUGCUUUUCAUCCGAUUCCAGUCGCCCCUGAGGACAUCCCUAAAACCGCCGUCACCACACCCUUCGGUCUCUUUGAGUUCAUCCGCCUGCCGUUCGGUCUUCGUACUGUCGCCCAAACGUUCCAGAGGUUCAUCGACCAUGUCUUACGUGGCCUACCCUUUGUGUACGCCUACAUUGAUGACCUCUUGGUGGCCAGCCGGAAUGAGAAAGAACACAAAGAGCAUCUUGCCUUGAUGUUUGACCGUCUUGACAAGUUUGGCGUUGUCACCAACCCCUCCAAGUGCGGUUGGGUGUGCCUUCACUCGAGUUCCUCGGCCGUCAGGUCGACUCUGAAGGUUUGCGUUCCCCUCCCCCAAAGGUUGAAGCAGUUCGUAAUUUUCCUCCUCCAACUUCCAAGCGUCAGUUACAGCGAUUCCUCGACAUGGUCAGUUUUUACUGCCGGUUCCUACCGAACUGUGCUGACCUCAUGCUGCCGCUCACCAACAUGCUUUCUGGUCCCAAAGGCCCCCUCGAGCUGACUGGUGAAGCACUGACUGCUUUUGAGAGAAUCAAGAAUUCCCUUACCGAUGCCAUCUUACUCACGCAUCCCGCUCCCGAAACUCAGCUCUCUCUGAUGGCAGAUGCGUCGGCCGUAGCCGUAGGUGCAGUCCUUCAACAAAACCUUGCUUGUUCGACUCAACCACUUGCUUUUUCUCCAAAAAGCUCUUACCAGCUGAGACACGCUACAGUAUCUUUGGCCGUGAACUAUUUGCCAUUUACCUGGCUGUGAAGCAUUUUCGGCAUUUCCUCGACGGUCGUGACUUCACUGUUUUCACUGACCACAAACCGUUGACUUUUGCACUUCGGUCCCACUCCGACAAAUACAAUCCGAGAGAAAUCGCCCACCUGGACUACAUCUCCCAAUUCACCACCGACAUCCGCCACAUUGAUGGCACGAAGAAUGAGGUGGCUGAUAUGCUGUCCAGACCCUCACUGUCUUCCCUCCAACUCUCACACGGGAUCGAUCUUUGUGCCAUGACGGCUGAGCAACAGCGAGUCGGUUGUCCUGGUGACGAGUCUGUUAGUGGUCUCCAACUCAAAGACGUUCCUCUGACCACCGGCUCUGGUACCAUACUUUGUGACGUCUCAACUCCCUUUCAUCGCCCUUUUGUGCCCGCCUCGAUGCGUCGAACUGCAUUUCAAACUUUGCAUGGACUCUCCCACCCUGGGAUCCGAGCCUCUCAAAAGCUCCUCGCGGAAAGGUUUGUCUGGCCUGGCAUGAACACGGACGUCAAAGCUUGGGCUCGGUCGUGUCUGAGCUGCCAGCGCAACAAGGUGCAGCGUCACAACAGGUCCCCACCAGGCACUUUCCCCGGUCCCGACGCACGGUUCAGCCAUGUGCACCUGGAUGUAGUAGGCCCCUUGCCUCCAUCCAAUGGUUUCACCCACCUCCUUACCUGUGCCGAUCGAUAUACUCGUUGGGCUGAAGCUAUUCCUUUGCCAAAUGUUCAGGCUGAAACCGUCGUGAAGGCCUUCGUCAGUCGUUGGGUCGCAAUGUUCGGUGCCCCAUCUAUGGUUACGACUGAUCGUGGUGCCCAGUUUGAGUCGGCACUCUUCCAAACGCUACUCAAUUUCCUUGGCUGCACACGCAUUUGGACGACAGCCUACCACCCAGCUGCCAACAGUAUGGCGGAACGUUUCCAUCACCAGCUAAAGACCGCCCUGCGUGUCGUAGAAGACCCAGGAAACUGGUCGGACAACCUUCCUCUUGCACUUCUCGGCAUCCGCGCAGCUCUGAAGUCGGAUCUGGGCUGUAGCGCAGCUGAAUUGGUUUUCGGCACUACCCUCCGACUGCCAGGCGAGAUGAUCACUCCAACCUCUUGUGGAGCCGACGAGACUCCUGACAAUCUUGUGCACCGUUUGCGGCAAUUUAUGCGCUCGCUUUCCACCUCGAGCUCCAAUGACAGAGUUUCAUGUCGAAAAAGACUUGGACAAGUGUACUCCUGUGUUCGUCCGGUGUGA